AUGCUCUUGAAACUUUUGAUGGUGGCUAAACUAGUUCGUACUGUUCUCAUCCAGAACUGUCUCUGGGUGUUGCUCGUCUCUAGCUUGACCCGUGCGACUGAUUCCGACAUAAACUGCCUGAAAACCAUAAAAUCUCAACUCAAGGACCCCAAUAGGCAUCUCUCCAACUGGGUAAUCGGAGACGACACUUCUCAAGGUUUUAUCUGCAAGUUUCGAGGUGUGAGGUGCUUCUAUGAUGGCAUUAACACAGUCAUUAGCAUUGAUCUUGGUGGUUUUGGUCUCGAGGGAGAGCUUCCAAGUGGUCUUAAGGAAUGCUCGUCCUUGCAGCAUCUUGAUCUGUCUGGAAACAAGCUCUAUGGCAAUCUUCCACCACAAGUUUUCUCUUUUCUUCCAUUUCUUGUUACCCUAGACCUCUCCAACAAUAGCUUCUCCGGUGAAAUCCCUGGCAACUUUUCAGCAAACGUUUAUCUAACCACUCUCUUGCUUGAUCAUAACCACUUCACCGGUGAGAUCCCGCCCACCUUAGCCUGGCUCCUACGAUUCUCAGUGUCCCACAAUAAUCUCAUCGGUCCAAUCCCAAGAUUUACGUACGCAAACAUCUCAGCCUCUGAUUUUAGCAACAAUCCUGGUCUCUGUGGUUUCCCGCUGGAUCCCUGCUCUGAUAUCUCCUUGUUUUCCAUCGCUAGUAUCACAGCCGCCUGCGCCGCAGCUGUUUGUUUCCCUCUAGGAGCCGCCAUCGGCUGGUUCUGCGUUGGAGAGAGACACAAGCAAAGACCUUAA